UCUUUUGUAGACCAAUUGGAACCAUGACCAUACUCUUCAACUCUCUAUAUAACCAACCCCAUUUCCCUUCUCCAUAUUCAAACCCAAUUCCCACAUUCCCAAAGAGCUCAAAGCUUUUUAGUCAUCACUCCCAAAUCACAUAAAGCUCAACUCAUACUUUCAUCACUACCAGUCAAAUCUAAGCUAGAUAUGAAGAUGAUGAGCAGCAGUGGCAGUAAGAGAAGGCUAUCAUCAUCAUCAUCAAGCAGAGGGCUUGGAGGUGUUCUCAAAGAGCAAAGAGCCAGGCUUUACAUCAUAAGGAGGUGUGUGGUCAUGCUUCUAUGCUGGCAUGAUUGAUCUCACUUUGAAGAAUUUGAAGUCCUAGCUUAGCUUACUAGCUAUACCAAUUGCAAGGGGCAAAUGGCUUAACGAAGAUUUUCGGUUUUUUCUGUUUUUUCACUCUUUUCUAUCUUCUUGUUGGUGGAGUACUACUGUAAAUACUGAAGCUGAGAAUGUGAUCGGAAAAUUAGCUGAAACCAAUUUUGUAUGGAAUGGCCUCUCAUGGGCUAGAUAUGUAUAUCGGAUAGGAUUAAUAUAAGAAACUUUGAUAACUA